ACCAAGAUGGCGGCGCCCAGCGAGGAGACGCCGUUUGCCGCGGGAAUUGAAAAGAAUUGGGGUACAGUCGUUCGUUCCCCUGAAGGAACCCCCCAGAAAGUUCGGCAGCUAAUAGACGAGGGGAUUGCCCCGGAGGAUGGGAGCGCAGAAGCGAAGGACACAUCUCCCAAAGGUCAGCCAGUUAAUGGAUCGCCUGAAGCAGAGCAACCACCAUUGGAAUCCACCAGCAAAGAAGCCUUCUUUAACAGAGUUGAAACGUUUUCCUCUUUGAAAUGGGCAGGGAAGCCCCCUGAACUAUCUCCACUUGUCUGUGCGAAAUAUGGCUGGGUCACAGUUGAAUGUGACAUGCUCAAAUGUUCCAGCUGCCAAGCUUUUCUCUGUGCCAGUUUACAGCCAGCUUUUGACUUUGACAGAUAUAAGGAACGCUGUGCUGAACUGAGAAAAUCAUUGUAUACUGCUCAUGAAAAGUUCUGUUUCUGGCCAGACAGCCCCUCUCCAGAUCGAUUUGGGACAUUGCCAUUGGAUGAGCCUUCUGUCCUUGUUAAUGAAUUCCUAGAUCGUUUUCAAAGCCUUUGUCACUUAGACCUUCAGCUUCCUUCCUUGAGGUCAGAGGACUUGAAGAACAUGUGCUUGACAGAAGACAAGAUCAGUCAUCUGCUACAUUUGCUUGAAGAUGAACUUGACCCUGUAACUGAGGAGAGGAAAACAGCAAGCAAAUUAGGUUCAGACAUCCAAGUCCAAGUCACUGCCUGUGUUCUCUCUCUGUGUGGCUGGGCAUGGAGUUCUUCUUUGGAACCCAUGCAGCUCUCCCUGAUGACAUGCUCACAGUGUAUGCGGAAGGUGGGACUCUGGGGCUUCCAGCAGAUCGAGUCGUCUGUGACUGACCUGGAUGCGUCCUUUGGCUUCUCCAGCUCCCCUGUUUCAGGCACCGAGGGUCGGCCAGAUCGCUUCCCUCUAGUGCCUGAAUCUCCUAGGAGGAUGAUGACCCGGAGCCAGGAUGCCACGUUUUUCCCAGGUUCAGAUCAGACUGAAAAGAGCCCAGGUCUCAUUGUCUCUAGAACCCGAAGUUGGGACUCUUCUAGUCCGGUUGAGCGGCCUGAGCCAGAGGCAGCCAGCCCUACCACCAGAAGCCGCCCAGUGACUCGAAGCAUGGGAACAGGAGACAGCACUGGCCUUGACGUACCGUCGAGCCCUCUCCGGAAAGCCAAACGGGCUCGCCUUUGCUCUUCCAGCAGCUCGGACACAUCUUCCCGAAGUUUCUUCGAUCCCACCUCUCAACAUCGAGACUGGUGCCCUUGGGUGAAUAUCACAUUCAGUAAAGAAAUCAGAGAGCAAGGUGAAACAGAAGUGGAUGCUAGCAUUCCAUCAGAGCCAGAGUCUCUCAGAGAAAUCAAGGAAAGUGUUCCGAAUAUUCCGGCAGUUGGAAUCAUUAUCCUCAUCCUGAAGAUAUACCAACCCUUGCAGGAGAAAUGGAUAAGAGAGACACUGAAACAGAGUCAGAAUUCCUGUUUGGUCAGCCCAUGCUGUUUUUCUCCAUCCUGGCUUAACCACCAGAAGCCCCUGCAUUCACAAAGACAGUGGAUGUCAGUAGUUGUCUGCACAAGUGAAAGGCAAGUCGCUCCACAGGCAUGUGGACAGGGAAGGUAAGCAAGCUGUAUUCUGUGGAAAGACUGGCUUUAGAAAAGCAGAUGGAAGACCCACAUGGUAACAUCCAGUCUACACUGUAGUGCGGCAGUGUUAUAAGGACUCUUAUAUCCCAGGAAUAUGAGUGUAUUAAUAAAAGGUUUCUUACAGUUCUUA